AUGUUCGCGCGGCUCGCUGUGAGACCCAAAUAUAAAUUCUCAUGCGUCUUUCGAACACACCGUAUUCAUGAUGACUAUUAUUAUUUUUUCAUUUUUUUCCGAAUCAAAUCAAAAAUUGGAUGAAAAGAGAAGAUAGUGAAUAAAAAGGUAAGUGUUUUCAAAUUAUUUUGUAUAUUAGAAAUCGAUGAUAUAGAUAGAAACAUAGAGAAAAAAGCAGUUUUUGUUUGUCGCAGCAGAAAAAAAGAAGAACGAUUUCGCAACAAAAACAACAAAUGUUUGUGUUUUGCAGAAUUUGGUGGAACGUUCUCGAAUGCAAGUAUUUCGACGUAUGGUUAAUUUGACAAGAAUGGCACCGAAAAAGAGUGUAGUUAGCGAGCAGAAAAAGAAAAUCGAUGAGAGUUCAAUAUUUUUGGAUGAGGAAGGAAGAAUUGGUUUGAGAAUUCAUGCAAAACCUGGGGCUAAAAAGAGUUGUGUUGUGGGAAUUGGAGAGACGGAAAUUGAUAUUUCAAUCGGAGCACCGCCUCGAGAAGGAGCUGCAAAUGAAGAACUCAUUUCAUAUUUAAUGGGAGCCUUGUCUUUGAGGAAAAAUGAGGUGCAGUUUGACAAGGUAAUUUAAUGUAUCAAAGUAUUUUUUCUUAUCAACAAAAAAUGUUGUUGCAACAAUUGUCCAAAACAAAGUACACAGUGUUUCAGGGUGCAAAGUCUCGCUCAAAAAUUGUGCUGAUUUCAACGAAUAAAUUGACAUUGGAGGAGGUGAAAAAGAAGCUUCAGGAUGAAAUUGGCAAUUGA